AGAUACUCAGAGUUUCAGCCAUGGCAAAUCAUUUCAACUCCCGGAUGCAGCGAAGUUUUCAACAAUCACCUUGACUACAAACAUCUCCACCAUCUGGCGUUUGUGAAAGCUUUUCGUGAGAUCUGUGUUGAUAAUCUCGAUCUAUAUUGUUCAACACGUUCAUUUAGAUUUGAGCUCAUUCUUAACUUCCCAUCAGAGGAUUCGCAUUAAGGGUGGAUAACAGCUGAAGAAGUUUCACUCACAGAUUCGGGAAGGAGAGAGAGGUUUUAACAAAGAGAAGAACGAGCGAAAAAGGAAUUCUCCUCGCCGACAUGGCUGUAAAGCUAUGGCCGUUUUUGACAAUAGGCCUGAUUAUGGUGACAUUUGAAUCAGCCGCUGGCGCAACUGUGUUUUCCCUUCCCAAAAAAGACAAAGACUGCCAGCCCGUCAAACGGGAUUUACUCAGACAGCGGCUCGGCACCGCUUACAAUGACCGAUACAUGGCUAUGGACUCCACGGAUCUUCAAAACCACUUACCACCACAAAAUCAAUAUCACGUGACCAAACGUAACAUUACCAAAAGAUCCAAUUCACUCACCGUGGAGGAGAUAACCGACCCAGCCCCCUGGACGUGCCAGACGAGUAAAGUUUGGAAAAACUUGGGCCCAAAAUAUUUCCCUCGUCACGUGAGGUCAGUCACGUGUUCAACUGAUAAGUGUUGGUUCGAUCACUUCAGAUGUCGGCCGAAGUAUUACACAAUCAAAGUACUGAAGAAGAAGGAAGGCCAGUGUUUACGGGUGAUCUCCAGCACAGGGACACCAAGAUUCGAGGACUUUUGGGAGUUGCAUGACUAUAGAAUUACUGUGGGCUGCGAGUGUGGACAUUGAUGAUAACGUUCUGUUGUAGAUAAUUAAUAAACUAAUCCUGUUUGUCAAAAGAUAAAUUAUUAAACGUUUUAUCGA